GUUUAUGGCAGCACAAUUAACACAAGUACACUCAUAACGUUGACGUAGCUCUCUGAGCAGGGCUCUUGCCCGAGGCAAAAACAACUAGAACCAGAAACACCGCAAUGCCAGCCCUCUGAGCAUGCUAGCAAUGAUGGUUCGGACAUUGCAAGUCAUAUAAAGCGUUCGGAGUAGAACGACAGGUGGAGCCUCGCAACACCGAUCGCCUCGAGGCGACACGAGCGCAGCUGCGCGGCGAACGCUUUGGACUUGUACAUCACACAGCAGCAGCUUUGGCGUCGCGCUCAGUCUCUGCCGCUCACAUGGCCAGCGAAGCCUCGCGUGCCGCCCAGCGCCACGGCGCCCUGCUGCGGCCCCGCCGGCUUCGGCGACGCCAAGCGUUCGCCGGCCUCGCACUCAGCGCUGCCCUGGCCGUAGCGCUCCUGGCCUCCCAACACGCGCCCCUCGCACAUGCGCUCGUGGCGCCGCAGCGGACCGCCCCCGGCGCCGGCGCCGCUGCCUCCAAGGGCGCCGCCAGGGGCCGCCCGCGCACCUUCGCCGACCACACGCUGUCGCUGCCCAACUGGUGCAGCGCAGGGCCUUAUGCGGAGGAGGACGUGCCGCUGUACACGGCCAUGAGCCGCACCAGCCCAGCCUACAAGCUCUACCACAACGCCUUCUGGCACGCGCACAAGUGGUACGCGCUGGUGCCGCCCGCGGCCAUGCUCAAGCCCGGCGAGGCGCCCGGCGCCGAGGGCGCCAAAGCGACGGAGUCUGGAGCAACAGCAGCAGCAACAGCAGCAGGAGUGGAAGCAGCAGGAGCAGGAACAGCAGCGGCGUCGAAUGGCACUGGCCAGAAUGCGGAUGAGUAUGGGUUGGAGGAGGGACUGUCGGUCAACUGCGCGCUGAUCCGGCUGCCGAUAGCCAACGCAACGGCCUUCACGGACGGGCUGCGUGCCGGGUUUUUGCCUGGCACCACCCUUCUGGUGGACUUCCCCUUCCCCGCCUUCCCCGACAACUUGGGCCACUGGCUGGAGAUCAUGACGCCCACCUUCAGUGUGCUGGCCAACGGCUCGUGGCGGUCUGACGCGCGCGGCACCCGGGGCCGCUUCGUGGACCGCAUCUUGCUGCCCAACCUGAGGAAGGAGAUGAACGACUGGUUCAAGGAGCUGUUGGCGUUGGCGGUGGCUCCGGGCGUGCGGCGGGGCGGCUCGCCGGUGCCGCCUAUCAUCGACCACACAGACCUGGACGCCUUCCCCAAGCUGUCGUGGCUGGCGUUUGAGAACCUGCUGGUCAUACAGGACAGGUACACGCACCCGGAGCGCAAGACCGGCUUCAUAGGUGCGGACCACGGCGACCUGUGGCGCUACGACGGCUGCGCGAGAUACGUGGACCGGCGCUGGGACGUGGGGUUCGCGGAGCAGGCGCACGCGGCGGAGUUCAGGGCCGCCGCCUACAAGCGUGCCGGCCUGCCAGUGCCCGCUGCCUGGACGCCCGGCACGCCGCCGCCGGCCCUGUCUCCCGGCUUCGCGGCCCCCGGGUCGCCGCCGCUGCUGACACUGCUCAUGGCGCAUGAGGACUACCCCGCGCUGGUCAACUGGCGCGAGGUGCAGUCGCUGCUGCGGCGCCUGGCCCCCGCACACGGCCUGGUGGAGCACACGGUCACGCUGUCCACGGACGCGCCCUUCGCCAGCCACCUGGACACCUUUGCGCGCAGUGCGGUGGUGGUGGGGCGGCACGGACCGCUGCUGGCCACCUCGGCCCUGCUGCCGCCCGGUGCCGCGGUGUUUGAGCUGCUGCCGUACAAGUGGGAGUGGCUGGGCAUCUCCAAGCUCUACUACAACAUCACGCGGACUGUGGGUGACAUCCACCACUUCGCCUGGCGCCCCACGGACCACCUGCUGGCGCACUACGACCACGAGAACUACACGCGCUACGCGCCCUGGACGCCUGAGGAGUGCAGUGCGCGGGAGUGCCUCAUGGUGCACGCGCGGGCGGGUCUCACAGCCGAUAUCACGGAGCUGGAGGCCCUGCUGGCCGCCAAGCUUCCCGGCGUGGUGGCGGGCGCGCCCAUAGAGCAGCUGCAGGCGCCGUGGCCCAAGGCAGUGUAGAGGGCAGGCGGGGCGACAGGGUGUACGGGGUGUGAGGGAGAAGUUGGGAAGCGUGCAUGAGAGUACGGAUGGUAAGGUUAGGUGCUGCUGAUGAGGGGUAUGGUGAGAAGAGGCUAUCGCCGGGCUGGAUGUGUGAGUGGGUUGUGGGUGGCGGGAGAAGGUGGUGGGAUUGAUUGCGACCGUGAUGGUGCAGGCACAAUGGGGGAUGGUUCCAGUUGACCGGCUGCGCAGGAUGUAGGAAUAUGGCGAUGUAGAAGGCUUUGUACAUACGCACGGUACAUACGUGAUGGUGCUUCUUUUACCGCCCGGAUGGUUAGGGGGUCACGCGCGCCGGCGAUCACACGCCAGUACGGCUGGGUAUUGUGCUGGCGGUUGCUGUGCGGCACGCACACCUUGCUAACGUGAAUGUGCCA